ACGCAACCGCCGCGGGAUGCAGCUGCAGCUAUCGGCUGAUGGACGGAUGUGUGCUCGGCAUACAUUUCGAGCAAGAGCAAGGCUGACUAGAUGCUGUGAAGCCUUGAUAGUGCUUUGAAUCGUUAGAGUGUGGGUAUCGAGAGGGGAACGUGAGCGCAUGUCGAUUUGACCGGAGAUUUAUCGUGUCUGGCCUGAAAACUCGAUCCGAGGGAAUUACUGGAACACAUUUAUAUGCUUGAAAAUUACACGGAUUCCGACAGAACGAACCUGAUAAACAUGAGUGAUCACCGAAGUUAUCACUACGAAGAUGAGGAUGAUGAAGACGACGAUGUCAGUGAAGAGUAUGAUGAUUACAAUGCGGCGGAUGACAUUGACAAUGGUGAAUAUGAGGAUGAUCUGGAAGGGUUUGAAGAUUGGAACAUGGACGAUCAACUGACUGACCGAAAUUCGGGCGAUCCAAUCUACGAUGAUGGAGACUGGAACCCAGAUAAUCAGGGAGACAGACUUCCAGACCUCAUCUUCUCUCAGGGGUGUGACGACGGUGCUGACCACCUUCCCAGCUGCAUAUCACUUGACCAGUGCGGAUCGCGCUUGCGUUCACACGGAGUUCACAACGACAGCACUGGGGGGGACGUAGAUGCGGUCAGAGUGAUGUUGCUGGGUGUAUCAGACACGGGGAGGCCGUCGGUCGGGAUCGACUUGGGAUAUGCUUGCACUCAACAUCCACUGAGUCCGAGCAGAAGUGUAGAACAAAGUGUACAGCCAUCUUUAUCCUCACACGUUUCAAACUCGAGCGAUGAGCGUGAUAGAAUGCCUUCAAGAUCCACAGUGCCUAUGGAUUACGGUUCUCCAUCAAGAAACUCGGUCUCCUCAUUUUCUCGGAGAUCGUUUUCUCCAGGGGGCGAUUCCUUGUCAUCAGCACAUGACCUGUCGAUGGCUUCACCUGGAUUCAUUUCGAGGGCUACGACUUGCCGCAACUCCAAUCCUACCUCACCUUUUGUAUUCCACCCGCCAAGAACUCCAUCAACCCCUACAACGCCUUCUCGAAGAUCUUUCGUUUUCUCCGAGUGGGCUGCUAACAACAAGCAGACCUUUGUGUUUGAGGGAGCACAUUCUGCAUUAGAUUCAGCUUUUUCAAAUUCUGUCAAGCGCAAUUCUCCGUGCAAAUUUGUAUCGACAAAAGCUCUCACCCUGGCCAUGCAGGAUGCUGAAUUCGUUGAGAGCGUCUUGCUUGGACUCCCAGGCGUAGAUCCGGUAGAUCCAAGGAUUGGCGCCUUGAUCGAGAAGAUCAAAGAAGGAAGGUCCCGAGCAUCUACCCCUGUCAUUCCCAGUGCCGCCUGUGUUUCUAGCAUACCUUCAAGUGCCAUACGCCCAAAGUUACCUUGGAAGACACCGAGCAAUGCAAAAAUGUUAUUCUCCAAUUGAUUUGUAUGAAUGCAGAGCGUUAGAUUAGCCAGUAAACAACUCCAUUCG